UUGGCGCUGACUAGGAACCAUUAAUGGUCAAUAGUGAGGGUAAGGAAUCAUCAUAAACACCAGGUUUAAAACCUGAGUUAUUUCCAGAAAUAGGUUUCUUAAAAUUAGAAACUGAUCAGGAAUCAGGAACAUCAAAGACGCCAACGAUACCAUCAGAUUGAAACGGCUAUACCCUUAAUUGCUUGAUCCACAUGAUUAGCAUUAAUAGGUUGCUGGAGCUGUUGACCAAAUUGCAUGAUUAGCGUUAAUACAAUUAUGUGAUUGCAUAUCAUCAUACCCGUAACCCUCUCAAUACUGAAGAUAUGGUGUAUGACAUAGUACGUUGAAAAGAAAUCUCAAUUAACAGCUUUGAGCCUUUGACUAAGAUAAUAUCAUCAUUAAUUUUUUUAGAGAAAAUAUAGACCUUUCGCCACCCAUUGUCCUCCUAUAUAUAUUUCCUCAAUUCCACACUACUAGCACCGCACAAUCUCCAUCCUUUUCACUAAUCAAAAUUCAUUCAUUUUGAACUUUGAGACAAUGAGGUGCUCGGCAUUUGCAAUGUUUGUGCUGCUUGCUGCAGUCACUUUAGCUAUUGGUAACUUGCCCGGCAUCUCAGCUCAGAUUUUCUGCAAAGGCAAUGUCUUUACAAUCAUGAAUGAAUGUCAGGAUUUUGUUAAGUUUGAUGGGCCUGUCAUUCCUCCAUCAAAGUCAUGUUGUGAUGCCUUAAACGAUUCUGAUAUGACUUGUUGGUGCAAAUAUAUUCCGCCGUUUCAGCGGUUUUACAGCGUGGAAAGAUUAAUCGGUGCGGUCGUGACUUGUGGUGGCAGCGUUGCUCCUGGAACCAAGUGUGGAGAUUUUAUUGUUCCUGGUCCACCUGCAUCUUCAUAGGAUGAACUUCAACAUUCAAGACGCGUCGAUCGGAGCUUCGUUGAAUUAUUUUUUUGACAUCCACAUAUUUCCAUUUCUUUGGUUUGUAAUGACACGAUUUAAGUUGAGAAAAAUCAAUCUUAAUUUAAUGAAAGACUAGUUCGAUUAU